AUGACAGGUAGAGGCGGUGGAGGAGGUCGCAAGACACUCCUGGCUCCAAUCCAUUUCAUCUUCAAGCUCCUACAGCAGAGAUCUGUUGUCUCAAUAUGGCUCUACGAACAGCUGGCUAUCAGGAUAGAAGGGAAAAUUCGGGGAUUUGAUGAAUUUAUGAAUCUAGUCGUUGAUGACGCUGUUGAAGUUCGACUUGCGACAAAAACAGAGGAGGAGAGAAAGAGACAACUUGGUCAAAUUUUGCUUAAAGGAGAUAAUGUUUCGUUAAUUCAGGCCCUUCAAUGA